AUGCCGUUCAAAAAUCAAGAAACAGCUCAUUGUCCUCGCUGUAGUCACGCUGUUUUUCAAGCUGAAUCUGUUUCAGCUGCCGGGAAACAAUGGCACAAAAUAUGUCUGACAUGUGAUAUGUGUAAGAAAACAUUAGAAACGACGACAGCGGCUGAACAUGAUGGAAAUGUGUACUGCAAACAAUGCUACGCUUGUAAAUUCGGUAUUCAUGGAGUUGGAUUCGGUAUACAAGAUGGAACACUCGGAAUGGAUACCGGUGAUCAUUUCAAACACACUGAAUCACAUCAGUAG